AUGGCCAACACCGAAAGGCUUCCCCUGUCCCUCCUGGUCAGCAGAGAUGGGGCUGCCACCUUGGCCCCCCAGUUGCAGCCUCUGUGGCAUCAUCCGAGCCGCUGGGACCUCCUCGUUCCGCAGAGGACCAAGCCUACCCAGCGAGUGGCGGAUUUCUCCAUUCGUUCCAUUCUGGCCCAGGAUGGCUCCGAAGGGGAAGGGGAGACACACCAGGAGCCGGCAGAAGGAGCAAGCGUCACGCCAUGGGGCAGCCCCUCUCAAGGCUACACCUGGAUGGAUUGCGGCCACUUAAAGCCCCCUUCCGUUCCAAGUAAGGUCUCAGCACCAAAAAGUUGCCUCCAUCGCCUUCCAGGGCUGCGCUGGAGGAGCCAGGAUAAAACACAGGUGUUGUCCUGAGCUCCUCCGGGCGAACCGUUUAGUCAAUACAGUGGUACCUCGGGUUAAAUACGCUUCAGGUUACAGACGUUUCAGGUUACAGACUCCGCUAACCCAGAAAUAGUGCUUCAGGUUAAGAACUUUGCUUCAGGAUGAGAAUAGAAAUCAUGCUCCGGCGGCACGGCAGCAGCAGAGGCCCCAUUAGCUAAAGUGGUGCUUCAGGUUAAGAACAGUUUCAGGUUAAGAACGGACCUCUGGAACGAAUUAAGUACUUAACCCGAGGUACCACUGUAUUUAUCCUGAUUUGCUUACGCAAAUCUUACGCGGUGGUUAGACUGUGCCCUGUCUUGACUAAGCAUUUGUUCUGGUUGGCAUGGAUAACUAAUACUUGCGUCCGUUUACUGCAUGCACGUGACGCGGAUGGCGCUGUGGGUUAAACCACAGAGGCUAGGACUGGCCGAUCAGAAGGAUGGCGGUUCGAAUCCCCGCGACGGGGUGAGCUCCCGUUGCUCGGUCCCUGCUCCUGCCAACCUAGCAGUUUGAAAGCACGUCAAAGUGCAAGUAGAUAAAUACCUCCGGCGGGAAGGUAAAUGGUGUUUCCGUGUGCUGCUCUGGUUCGCCAGAAGCGGCUUAGUCAUGCUGGCCACCGGCUCCCUCGGCCAGUAAAGCGAGAUGAGAGCCGCAACCCCAGAGUCAGCCACGACUGGAGCUAAUGGUCAGGGGUCCCGUGGCGCAAGGGACGCGGGUGGCGCUGUGGGUAAAAGCCUCAGCGCCUAGGACUUGCUGAUCGAAAGGUUGGCAGUUCGAAUCCCUGCGGCGGGGUACGCUCCCGUCGCUCGGUCCCAGCGCCUGCCAACCUAGCAGUUCGAAAGCACCCCCGGGUGCAAGUAGAUAAAUAGGGACCGCUUACUAGCGGGAAGGUAAACGGCGUUCCGUGUGCUGGCUCGCCAGAUGCAGCUUGUCACACUGGCCACGUGACCCGGAAGUGUCUGCGGACAGCGCUGGCUCCCGGCCUAUAGAGUGAGAUGACCGCACAACCCUAGAGUCUGUCAAGACUGGCCCGUACGGGCAGAGGUACCUUUACCUUUUUACUUACUGCAUGCACGUAGCUGCCUCCAUUAUCUGUCUGCAGACGUAUUGUUAACCAAGAGGUCUAGAAACUUAAGUCGGCAGAUAGUUUUGCCAGGGAUGGGCCAAAGGCAGGCAUGGGGAACUACUGGCCCUUCAGGCAUUGUUGUUGUUUAGUCGUUUAGUCAUGUCCGCCUCUUCGUGACCCCAUGGAGCAGAACACGCCAGCCACUCCUGUCUUCCACUGCCUCCCGCAGUUUGGUCAAACUCAUGUUCAUAGCUUCGAGAACACUGUCCCACCAUCUCGUCCUCUGUCGUCCCCUUCUCCUUGUGCCCUCCAUCUUUCCCAACAUCAGGGUCUUUUCCAGGGAGUCUUCUCUUCUCAUGAGGUGGCCAAAGUCUUGGAGCCUCUGCUUCAGGAUCUGUCCUUCCAGUGAGCACUCAGGGCUGAUUUCCUUCAGAAUGGAUCGGUUUGAUCUUCUUGCAGUCCAUGGGACUCUCAAGAGUCUCCUCCAGCACCAGAAUUCAAAAGCAUCAAUUCUACGGCGAUCAGCCUUCUUGAUGGUCCAGCUCUCACUUCCAUACAUUACUGUAUGGAAUUCAGGCAUUACUGAACUACAACUCCCAUCUUCCCUGGCUAUUGGCUGUGCUUUCUCGGGCUGAUGGGAGUUGUAGCUUGGCAGGGCUCAAUGAGCUUCUUAAUCUUAGGGUCGUGGGUUCGAGUGCCGCAUUGGGCAAAAGGUUCUUCCAUUGCAGGGGCGUUGGGGUCCCUUCCGACUCUACAAUUCUGUGAAAAUCUGGAGGGCCUUUAAAGGUACAGGUAUCCAUAAUUAGAGAGUGGGAUGGAGUGAAGGAAUACAUGAAAACAUAUGGUUCCGGAAUUGAAAUAUUAAUAGGGAAUGUGUAAAACGUGCAGGGGUAAGCAAGAAAAUAAUAAUAGAAUCAAUUGAAUAAUUAUUAAAUUAUAACAACGCAACAAGAUGGAAGAAGUAAAAUAUUGAGAUCAUGCAUGGGAGUGGGGGGUUUACGGGAACCUAUAAUAUCAUUUAUAAUAUAAUUUGUUACAUCUUUGUUAUAAUUUGUUAUAUAAGUUAAGUGAUGAAUUAAUAUAUGUAAUUUCAAAAUGAAAAGAUUUAAGGAUGCUAAUCUUCAAGUUAAAUUUUAUAAGAACUGUGAUUUGGAAAACCGUUAAAAGGAUAUACACUGAAAUUCAACCAAGGGGAAGCGAGGAAGUCACUUAACAAUGUUAAUAAGUGUAAUUUUUAAUAAGGUUAUGCUUUAUGUUUGUUUGCUCAUAAUUAUGUGAAAAUCAAUUUAAAAAAUUGAAUAUUUUUUUACAAAAAUAUAUAUAUACUAUAAUUUGUUAAUUGUGUUGUAUUUACAUAUAGCAAAGGGAAGCCUAGAGCAAUUAGAUAUAUUUUAAUUUUGGUAAUCUAUGUCAUAGGCUUAUGUUAGAAAAUGAAUAUGGAUUUUGAAUUUGAGGUUUGUAAUUUUUGGGGAGUUUUGAAAUAAAAAUUAGAAAAUAAAUAAAAAUAAAAUAAAGGUACAGGUAUCCCAGGAAGGUAGAACAAGUGUUUCCUGUGCCAAUUCUUCCAGCGCUCCAGGUUCUGACCUAGUUUUUCUCCCUUCUCUGCAGAGAUGAAGCAGAUGAGCUGCGGCCCCCGGCCCCCCUACCGAAGCCCCCGGGUCCCCUUCUCUGCCUCUCAGCUGGGGAUCCUGGAGAGCAGCUUCCAACAAACGCAUUAUCUGAGCACUGAACAGAUGAAAGAAGUGGCACUGCUACUGGGCCUCACGGAGAACCGGGUAAGAAAGAACCCUAGUCCUCCAACCCCGUGGGCACCUCUGCUGCUGUAGCUCUGCCACCUCCUGCACGGCAGCGGGUUGGGCUGGAUGACCCUCAGGGAUCCCUUCCAGCCCAACAGUGCUAUGAACUCUAUGAUUCCUGGGCCACUGAGCUGCUCCUGGAGUGGCCUUUGCCCCCCAGUUUUCGGACAGUGCCUCCUGGUGGAGCAAAGCGAAGUUGCUCUUGGGACUGGGAAUCGGCAGCCUUCUGGACGUCCUUGGACUCCGACUCCCAUCAGGCAGUGCAGCAACGGCAAGGCAUCAUGGGAGUUGUAGUCCAAAAAAGCUCUGGAGGGCUGCCAGUUUCCAACAACAACAACAACAACAACAACAACAAUUUAUUAUUUAUACCCUGCCCAUCUGGCUGGGUUUCCCCAGCCACUCCGGGCGGCUUCCAACAAAACACCAAAAUACAAUAACCUAUUAAACAUUAAAAGCUUCCCUAAACAGCCUUCAGAUGUCUUCUAAAAGUAGUUAUUUUUCUCUUUGACAUCUGGUGGGAGGGCGUUCCACAGGGCGGGCGCCACUACCGAGAAGGCCCUCUGCCUGGUUCCCUGUAACCUCACUUCUUGCAAUGAGGGAACCGCCAGAAGGCCCUCAGCGCUGGACCUCAGCAUCCAGGCAGAACGAUGGAGGUGGAGAUGCUCCUUCAGGUAUACUGGGCCGAGGCCGUUUAGGGCUUUAAAGGUCAGCACCAACACUUUGAAUUGUGCUCGGAAACGUACUGGGAGCCAAUGCAGAUCUCUCAGGACCGGUGUUAUACGGUCUUGGCGGCCGCUCCCAGUCACCAGUCUAGCUGCCGCAUUCUGGAUUAAUUGCAGUUUCCGAGUCACCUUCAAAGGUAGCCCCACGCAGAGCACAUGGCAGUAGUCCAAGCGGGAGAUAACCAGAGCAUGCACCACACUGGUGAGACAGUCUGCGGGUAGGUAGGGUCUCAGCCUGAGUACCGGAUGGAGCUGGGAGACAGCUGCCCAGGACACAGAAUUGACCUGUGCCUCCAUAGACAGCUAUGCAUCCAAAAUGACUCCCAGGCUGCGCACCUGGUCCUUCAGGGGCACAGUUACCCCAUUCAGAACCAGGGUUAAUCCACAGAGCCUAGGACUUGCCAAUCAGAAGGUCGGCAGUUUGAAUCCCCGCGAUGGGCCGGCUCCCUCGGCCAGUAAAGCGAGAUGAGCACCGCAACCCCAGAGUUGGUCACAACUGGACCUAAUGGUCAGGGGUCCCUUUACCUUUACCUAUAUAUAAAGAGAGGCAGACGGGGACUGGCCCAAGCAUUUGGGCCCAAGUGGGGAUUUGAACCCUGGUCCCCAGGGUCCUAGUAGUCUAGUCCACCACACUGCUGUGGGAGAAGGCACCGACCCAUUUCCAGUUUUCAGACCCAUUUCUCUCUUCCGUAUUUUCGUAGGAACUGCCCAGGGGCUGAGCAUCCCAAGUGGGUCAAAUCUGGGCGACGGGCAAUUGACCUCCUCUUUCUCUAUUUCUCUUUCUUCCUCCCCCCAAGGUGAAGAUUUGGUUCCAGAACCGGAGAGCCCGAGAAAGGCGGGACUUUAUGAAGCAGCACGGCGCUGCCACUGCCACCCCCAGCGCCAAGGAGACCCCUCUGCAAGGUCACCCCCCUUAG